GCCCUCGAACAAUCUCAAGAAAGGACCGGGCUAUCAUCGGGCGCAAGAGUGGACCUCCCUGGGCCAAGACGUCCCGGUCUUGGUGCAAAUUCCUCCUGAUUGUGAUCUCCGUGGUUGGAUUUGGCUUUGGGUGGCCGACGCCGACUGGAGACUUUGUGCUCAACAAGUUCUAUGUGCACCUCGUUCCCGACUUUCAUGUUGAUGUGUGGGCUCAGAUGUGGGAUCCUGGGCCCUGGUCUUUCGAAGACCGCCUUGCAGGCAUGGCCGGUGACUUCGCUGGCUGGCAACUGGUGGUCGCCGUGGCUUUGUCUACCAGCUUCCUGGCACUCCAUCGUUUGGGUGUGGCACUGUGGGUUGUGCUCUACCCGGCUGUUCCUGUGGACUGUGCUUCGACGUGGAGGCCGGCUUCGAUGCUUUGCUUGGCGGAUCGUGCUCCGGACAGCCUGUUCUCCGAUGUGGGUGCAGUGGCUGAUGGCUUGCGGCGACCUUCUCGCCGUCGACUCCUUCGUUGGCUUUGGAGGAGACUUCGCCGGCAGGCUGUGGCUUUUGAGGCUGCUUGGGUUGGCAGCCGCCGCCGCUCUUGGUCCAAGAGCUUCUACCGUGCAAGGGUGCUGGCCUUCGACUUUGUGAAUCGACAUGGUGUCCGUGCCUCAGCUUCGACUUUGCCCAGGCAUUUCGACUUUGGGCAUCACCGCAUGGAGGCUGAUUAUCUUGACAACGCUACGUCAAGGCAGCUCAAGGCUGUGGAGGACUUGGUUGGCCGCGCUCGACGGCAACCAGACUUUGACUUCCUGGAUGGGCUCCAGAAGUUCAUCGAUAAGGAGCGGGCCAAUGCGGGCGGCUCCAUGGCUGGGGUCUCUUCCUGGACCUCGGGAUGGGACGCAAGAUGGGACGAUUUUUUUGGCAAGACUGGUCUGGCUGGGAAGAGGAGGAAGGCCCCGGGCUUUCUUACCAGCGGCCGCUUGACUGGCCGACGCUGGCCCCGGCUUGCAGACUGGAAGUCGGACAACGCCAGCUCCGUGGACUUUGUUCAGGGUCAGCUUGAGCUUUCUUUGGCCCUCGACAAGUCUCCAGAUGUCCCUCUGCUUGUGUUGGCGCAGGGCGUCGACGACUUCAAGGAGUGCGUUGGCAUUGCGGAGGGUGAGCCAAAGGCAAUGAUCACCAUUCUUCUUCCGGCUGACCAUCAUUGGCCCGAGGAUGACACUGACCACCGGCCUGCUACCAGCAGGAUUCCUGGCAACUUCCAGCGCUCUUUGCAGGUGAGGAGUUGCUUCAUCCGGUCCUUUGCGAGUGGUUCGCCGUCACUUGUGACAAAGCAGCAAGUCGCCACGGCUUCCAUCGCCGCUUACAAGACCAAGGCAGGGCCUCGCCAUCGUGAUGGAUGGGUGCUGCGCUUUGUUUGUCCGUGGAAGUUCCAUGGAUCUGCCCAGGACUGGAAGAAAGUUGUCUCCAACCCUGGCCGUGCUGCUCGUGAUUGGGCGUCCUUUGCCAUCAACUCGCACAAGGAGCUGGGGGACACCUUCAAGUUUGAGCUCCUGGAUGGUGGCAAAAGCAGUGCGCAGCUUCGGGGCCUGAUGCGGGCCGAUGACCUUGGUCGAUGCUGGUUUGUGGAGCCUGUGCAUGGCGACAUCCAGGCUACUCAUCAGGGUGUUCUUUGGCAUGAUUGGCAACCUGAAGAGUCGUGGCUUGAGUACUUGAAAAGGGCAGUCAGGCUUUCUGAUCAGGGAGUUGUGCUAGGUCGUGUUCAGCUGGGCUCUCGAGUCCCGAAGGACGACAAGCGCUUGGCCGAUAAGGCUUCUACGUGGCAGGCAUGUAGGUGCCCUCGGCACUGGACGGGCGAGAUGGUUUGCGACCUCUUCGCUUCGCUUGGCUUUCGCAAUGCCGAUGUCUAUCAGAAAUGCAACCGGGGCCCCGAGGUUGAUUGGCUCAUCCGAGCCAUCGCGCCCAAUGCCAAUGACCUCUUUCAGCCCAGUGUGAAGGCCCGGCGACGACAACAUCAUGGCUCUGUUGUCGACCUCAAGCGGGAGCAGAACGUGACCUACCGCCACGUGCCCAAGGACAAGCCCAGCAAGGCUAGGGAGAAGCGUGUUGUGGCCACCCAGCCUGCAGUUGAUCCUGACGGUGAUGCGGCUAUGCAGUCUGCUCCUGGUGCUGAGGAACAGGAGGCCAAGCGGCCCAAGAAGGCUCCAGAGGCCUCUGCUGGCAAGGGCUCUAAGGCUCCUCCUUGGUUCCCUGAGGGCGGCAAGCGUGUCAAGAACGAGGGGGGCGAUUGUUUGUUUUAUGCUUUGGCUGACGGCCUCAAGGUCCAUGCCCCUGAACAACAAGCUUCGGCACGCUCUGUCCGGGCCUUUCUGCACGCUUGGAUGACCAAGCGCAAGGAGGAGUAUGCUGCUCUUUGGGACGGCGUCAAAGCUGGCGUUGCCAACAAGGAGGCGGCUCCGGACUGGAAGGGUGGCUUCGAGGACUACCUCAACGACAUCCGCGUUGCCGGCAGCUCGCUGCUGCGGCCCAUGCUUGCAAGCGCGACAUCCUGGUCCUUGACACCAACGGGCAGGUUGUCUGCUUUUGCUAGCGCACCGGCCUCACGGAAAAGGACCAGGGAGAAGGACAGCCAGCCGCCGCCAUCCAAGCGCAGGGCUGGCUCCGCUGCUGUUCCUGAAGGUCGGGCUGGCGCCUCUCCAAGCUGGACUCCCAAGGCUGCUGAGCUUCGUCACCUUCGUGCUCCUGAACUUGCGUCUGGCUCGAGUGGGUUCGCUGUUUUCGCCUCGGCUGUCAAUGACAACCCUGACCAGGACCUUGAAGGAUGCUUGCAUGAGUGUGAUCCUGUCUGUGCUGACAAGCCCGCGUCAUCUCGGAGGUGGCCAAAAUCCAAGUACGAGGUUGAGGGAGGCUUCCGCUUUGAGUGUGAGAUGUGCCCGUGGGUUUCUGAGCACGAUACCCGCCGCAGGGCGGCCGUUGCUGCGACUAAGCAUUACAAGCGGGUGCGCCCGGAGAAGCCGCGCAGAAAGUGCCGAUGGUGUUGCCCCUACUGUUCCAAAGGCUGGCUCCUUAAGGAUGUCGAUGGCUACCCCAACAAGCUCCUCAUCAAGUGGCGAGCUGAGCAUCGGCAUGAGCAUCACCCUCGGGUUUCCGAUGCCAACUGGAGGAAGGCUUUGUCACGCCAAAGGCAGACCCCGCAGUUUCGUAAGGCCAGGAGGGUCGACAUGCUCAACAAGUUCACCGCCGUUCCUAGCCGAAUCUCGGACAUGAAGAAGGCGGGCUUUGACAUCUUCACUUGGCCCCGGCUUGUGCCUCGCACGGCUUCUAACGCCAAGGGUGCCAAGCGACUUCAGAUGCUUCGAGCAUGGAAGUGCGCCCAGUGCCACGCCACCUUUCGGGAGAAGCGUGGCGUCAAUGAACAUCGCGGUGGGCUGACGCUCACCCUGACCUUCAUGGCCUUGCUGCUGCGGACCUUCAUUCUACUUUCGAUGCUGCUGUGCAGAUUUUGGAGGCGGAGCCUGGCCUUCGUAAGUGAAUUUCGCUGUGCUACUUUCAACGUUCCGGCGGUGGUGGGGAAGCUGCCGCUGCUCUUCCAGAUGCUGGACUUGUAUGGGGUCCAGGUUGUGGCCCUGCAAGAAGUUUCUAUCAAUUUGCCGACUCGGCAGAGGUUCCGCAACGUGUGCCGACAACAUGGCUUCAACGUUGUCUUUGGCGGGCUGGAUGAGGCUGGCGUCACGAAGGUCGCUUUGCUCUCUUCACUGCCCAUCUCGGAAUUUGUUUGCGAUUCUCCAUGCCCUGAUCGUAUAGCUUGUGGUGUGGUCGAACUUCGGUUUGGAGCUGGCUCUGAGAUCGCUUAUACAAAGCUUUUGGUCUCUUCAGUCUAUGCUCAUGCGUGCGAUGAAGUUGCUCGCGAGUCCUUCCUCAAGGAUUGCCUCCGGAGCUUUUCUUUGUUGAGUGCCCGAUGGCUGGCCUUGGGCGACUUCAACCUGGAGGUCGAGGCCACGCGUCGUGAUGGCCACAGACGUAUUGACUUCGGGCUUGCUCAUCCUGCUCUUGUUGCUGUACAGAGGGUCCAGUCUGUUGACGUGGACUUCGGCAUUUCUGACCACGACCUCGUGGCUUAUGGCUUUGAAGUUGGCGACAUCGAUGUGGGUUCCUACAAGCCCCACCGCCCCUCCUUCUGUGAUGCCAGUGGGAGGGAUGCACUCCCUGACUGUGAUGCUGAGCUGCUACUCGCUGUUCGUCGCCUCCUUGAUGGGGGUGCGGUUGAUGAGGCUUGGACUUUGCUCUCGGACUUUGCUGAGGACCAACUUUGCUCUGACUUUGGCAGGGGUGUGUGCAGGCGUUCUUCUCAGUGGCGCCCUACCACCUUGUCCAAAUGCUCCAAGGCUGCUGUUGCUCCGGAGUCUGUUCACUUGAUCAGGCUCCGCCGCUUUCAUCGCCGUCUUCUUCAUUUGGGUCGGCAUCCUCACGAAGAUCAGCUUCGGGCUCGCGCUCAGCGUGAUGCGGAUCACUUCCGUGAUACUUUGCGUGCUGCUGCAGGUCACCACUGUGGCCUCCCUAGCCGACCUGAUCAGCUUGCAGAGCUUGCAGCUGUUGUCGACUCCAUCAUCAAGGAUGAGGAGAAGGAAGUGCGGGACCAUCGCAUCAAGGCCUGGAAAGCUUGCAUGCGCCUUGCCCCGGACAAACAGCGCACCUGGGUGAAGACUCAUGCCCAAGCUCAUGUCAAGGAGAUGCGCUCUGCCGGGCCCUCUCCUACCUUGGGAGGCGUGACUGCUGCUGCGAUUCAUCCCGCUCGCGUAGUUCUUGAGCAACAAGCGGAGUGGACUAGCUACUGGAGGCAGCGGCCCGGACGUGGCAUUGACCUCGGCUUCCGCUCCCUGUUGGCCGAUGUUCCGGUCCCUGAUGGCGAGAUCCUCGAGGUUGCCGUCACUGUUGAGGAGUUUCAGUUGGCCAUGCGAGCCAUGACCAGCAAAGCAGCUGGCCCUGACGAAUGGGAUGCGGGCCACCUUCUCCAGAUGGGUCCCGGCUGGUGGACUGGCGCUACGGAGAUUUGGAAUCACUGCCUCACCUCAGGGGACAUUCCGCAGCGCUGGAUGGAGGCCAGGGUCAUCCUUAUACCCAAGCCCACGGGCGGUCAUCGACUUUUGGCGGUCGCAUCUCGUGUUGUGGAGAGCGGGGGCUUGCCUUCCUGUGGCGCUGAGGAUGCCUUGCGCUGGAUUUAUCAUGGUUUGGCCCGUGCCCGUGAGGAUGGCAUCGCACUUCGCCAGGACAUCCACCGCUACUUUGACAGCAUCGACUUCGAGCAGGGCCUGGCCGUCCUUGAUCACCUUCGUGCCCCAGCCUGUGUGACGAGGCUCAUUCGGACCUUCUAUGCCCGAGGAUCCAGGAUUUUUGCUGUUGGACCUUUCCAAGGCGACGACUGGCAACGUGGCUUUCAGCGUGGCGUACUCCAAGGCUGUCCUUUGUCGCCUUUGGUUGGUGCGGCGGUGAUGCUUCCUUGGCUUCACCAAGUUCGGCUCCCGGGCAUCGAAUGCGCGGUCUACAUGGAUGACAGGGUGCUUUGGGCGUCCGAUCCUUCGAGCGGCGCUCAGCUUCGACUGGCCUUGGAACGGACCGAGCUCUUUGACCGCGUCUUUGGCUUUAGAUGCCGGCCUUCUAAGUGUGGCAUCGCUGCUUCUUCGGGCGGGGCUGUAGCUGACUUCGGCCUUGACCACUUGGAGUACCCCUUUGACACUAAGUUUGCUGUGCUGGGAGUUGUCUUUGAAUUUUGCGACCUCAGCCUAGUGCAGAUGCUCAACUUUGACAUCGACAUCGUGCUGGCCCGCAUCACGGACAUCACGGUGAAGUCUUGGAGUGCUCGCUUUGCUUUGCUGAGGACGCUGGUGGUGCCUGUCUUUACUUGGGCAGCUGGUGUGACCACCCUCCCUGAAGGUGAUGUCUCCAGAAUCCGGAAUGCUAUCCUCGGCUCCUUCGGUACUCAGCUUCCUCCAGAUGUGCCUUGGGGACCGUUCUUUGAGAUUCUUGGUUGGCAGGUGGAGCCCACCUUUGCGCUUGUUGCGGCCGCCGUCAGAGCUGCCGCGAGGUGCCAGGCUGCUGCUAAGGCUUGGCUUGAGAGUGCUCCUUUGCGCUUUGCGGCUAGUACUUGGCCUACCAAGCUGCCUGCUGCUGUGAAGGCGCUCCAUGACCUUGGCUGGGGCGUGUCUGCUGAUGCGACUCGCAUCCUUCGCCCUGGUGAGAAUGGCGCUUGGCGAAAGUUCCAUUUGGGCCAGGAUUGCUUUGGCUGCGUCUUUGGCUGGCUCACUGAAGCUCGGCGAGCUGCCUCCUACUUUGCUUCUGCGAGGGUGCGCAAGGUUCUCCACAGAGCCCCUGACCCGGAGUUUCCUUUGGCGCAGGGACUGCAGUUGCCGCUUCCUGGAGGCGGUGUGCCCUGCUAUGGAGGCCAUAGGCUGUGCGCUCUCCAGGCCUCGGACGACCGGGAGCUCUUCUUGGCUUCGCUUGCCGUCGGCUGCAACUGGUGGCACUUUCACCGCGGCUCCAAAGCUCCUCGUGGUGAUCCUCUUCAACUUUGUGCUUGCGGUGGCUUCACUCCUUCGAGGCCGCACUUUGGGUCUGUCCUCACACAGCUGAGGCCAGGGAGGGAGUUCAGCCUCCUGCUGAUAGAGGAUUCUUGCCUCUUUAUCGCUACGGACGGCUCUGCCGUUGAGGAGGUUGCUGCUUUCGCUGUGGUCGUGCCCGACUGCCCUCCGUUUGUCUCUGGCCUGGACACGGCUGCUGCACUUGCUACGAGCCGGCUGGUUGGUCUUCGUGCUCACAUCAUCAUUGUGAUCGAUUGCCAGGCCGCCAUCACGACUUUGAAGGGUGGUGGGAAAUCGCCCAACCUUGCUCGCCGUGCCCACGAUGCUUUGUGCAGACUUCGUGCCCUGGCGGAAGUUGAGAUCUUCUGGAUUCCCGCUCACGACAAGAUCAAGUCUGGAUGGGUGCCUCAUCGACUUGCUUCUGAAGUCAACGACGCCGCAGACAAGGCUGCUCGGGCAGAGGCUACCAGACUGCUUCGUGGAUCUCAGCUCCAGCGCUGGCUCAGGCUUCGUGAAGAUGCUGUUAAGUGGGAGGCUGCCGCCAUCAAGGCAGCCGCUGCGGCCGCUAAGGUUGCCAGAGCCUGGUGGUGGGCGGCGUGA